CACCAUCCAGCAUGGGCGCCAAGCAGACCAAGGGUUGCCCGCUGCCCGGCAGCCCCCAGGCCGCCGCCUCGGCCGCCCGCCGGAGGAUGCUGCCGUCGCCCCGGGAGCGCGGCGACUUCCUGGCCUCCCUCGUCGUGCGAUCCGGAGAAAAGUUUGGCAAGGGGGGCGGUGGCGGAGGGGGCGGCGGCGGCGGCCUCCCCCCGUAUCACCGCCGGAUCGGCCUUAUCCAGGACAUGCUGGGGAUGGUCAAGCAAGGCAAGCAGGAGGAGGCCACCGACCUGCUCAAGCACCUGCGCCAGGACCUGGGCAUGGAGUCAACUUCGCUGGAUGACGUCCUGUAUCGCUACGCCAGCUUCAGGAACCUGGUUGAUCCAAUUACCCAUGACCUGAUCAUCAGCCUGGCCAGGUACAUCCACUGCCCCAAACCGGAAGGUGACUCUCUGGGAACCAUGGAGAAGCUCUGCAGGCAGCUGACUUACCACCUGAGCCCCCACUCUCAGUGGCGACGCCAGGGCAUUGUGAAGAGGAAGCCGCAGGCCUGCUUGAAAAUGAUCCUGGUGGGGAAUCCCCGGGACAACACCGUCGACCUGUCGGGCAUCCCCCUGACCCUGAAGGAGCUGGACCGGGUCAUCCCCUACCUCCAGCAGACCUCGGAGUACAUCGAGAACGUGGAGCUCUGCUUCACGGACCUGACGGACGAGGUGUUCCUGCAGCUGCUGCCCGUCCUGAGCGCCCUGCCCCACCUGUCCACCCUCUCCCUCAACGGCAACAGGCUGACCAAGGCUAUCCUGCGGGACCUGACAGAGGCGCUGAAGGACCCCAGGAACUUCCCCAGCAUGACGUGGAUCGAUCUGGGCAACAACGUUGACAUCUUUUCCCUGCCGCAGCCUUUCCUGGUCAGCCUCAAGAAACGCUGCCCCACCCAGGGGAACCUCCCCACCAUCCUGGAGUUCGGGGAGGGCCAGGUGAGUGACUUGGAGAGUCAGGAGGGUCUGCCUUCCGUGGAUGAGGACGCAAGCGGCGGUGGCGGCAGCAGCAGCGUGGGCACCGCCAGUCCCGGAGAGCUGCAGACAGGCGAGGAGAUUGAGGUCAGACUGCUGGAGAGUCAGGUGGCAGACGAGGAGGCGUCUCCCCCGGGGCUGCUUCAGACAUGAGGUGCAGGCACCUCUCACUUGGCCAGAAUGCUCUUGGCAGACACCCACCCAUUUCCCACCCCGAUGACAGCAGCAUCAGCAGCAAGGAUCUUGGCCCCAGACUCCAUGGAUACUGAGGAGGGUUCUCUUGUGAGGAUAAUAAACGAGUGGACAGAAAGAAGUGGUGUCAGGGAGGCAGGCUGCACCCUUCAGCACAUUAGUGAUACUCUUGGCCCUUCAGCUCCCAAGAUCUUGUGACAAACACAGAGAGGAGAUCUCUACUGCUGCAGCCUCUUUAGUUCCAGAGAACGCAAGACAGACUGAGAAGGCAACACCACUACUGAGCCAGUCUUUGUCCGGUGUAGGUUCCCAGUUACGCAGAACUCUUCACCAGGACUUUCACGUUUGCUCAUUUUCUGUUCCUUAUAGUGGUUACAGAUUGAUUGCUUUUAAAAAAAAAGUUCCCAAGUAUUUUCGUGGUAGAAGUUUCAGGAAAGGAUUUUCAUCCUUGCGUCAAUGGCAGGGGGCCAGUUAUCCCACAGAACUGAGGGAAAUGCUGAUUUUUCAAAUGUUAGGAGUGCAUAUCAUCAGCCUGAUCCAGAAGAACUGGGAAAUUGCCUUUCUCUCCCCCUUCCCACAAGCAGCAGAGGAACAGACACUGUUCACUAGCACCAACAAUGCAAGAAAUAAGUGGAUUUUGCCUCUCCCCUCCC